CUGAGGUAUUUCAGCCGAGAGCCAUCAGCGCACCUGGACUGCUCUCCAACUGCACUGCUUAGUGCAUCGCUCAAUUGGGGGCAGCUACCGGAUGGCGUUAAACCCGAAAGCUUAAUGCCUACACUGUCCGAGCGGCCGGUCACGCUGACCGCUAUGUCCGAUGCUGCCGCUGCAACAGCUGCUGCUGCUGCCGCUUACGAUUCUCGAAUAAUCGGUGCCUCGCCCUACUAUAACAGUAGCUAUUCUGGUGCAAACUACGCUGGAAUGUAUGCUGCCGGUGGAACACAGAAUUAUUACCCUGGUGUAUCGUCAUCGUUGCGUGGAUCAGCUGCUGCCGCUGCAGCAGCCACGUCGUUUCCCUUCGCCGCUGCAGCUGCAUCCCAUGCUUAUUACGGUAAUAACAGUAGCAAAUUCGCGAAAGUAUUGCCCAUGAGGCACAGGCGGCUGUGCCUUUGA